AUGGGAGGCUUGGAUGACCAGUGGCGAGAAAUCCUUCACCAAAACAGGCUGCAUGCGAAGAGCAACUUUUGCACAAGUCUGCCAGUGGAUCCUGACAGCGUGGAAAAGUGUGGAAAAAAUCCACCAUCACCAACGGGUUUCAAAAAGCCGGACUGCUACGUGAUGAAGAGCACAGCACAAGCUCAGGAGUUAAUUUGCCACAGGAUGAGAGUGACAGUGAAAGCGACAACGAAAGAGAGAAUGAAAAGACUCGGUAGCUGUGCCGAGUAUCGCCUCGUCUCAAACCAAUUUGGCAUCCACAAAAGCACCGUGAAAAAGUUCACGUACAUGUUUUGUAAGGGCAUGUUAAAAGGACCAACCAAAGAGCUGAUCCGCAUGCCGAACGAAAGAGAAGCUUCUGAAAUUGCGAGGCGAUUUGAGGCAGCACAUUCCAUCCCUCAGAUCAUGGGCCUGGUCGACGGGACACACAUCCCCAUCCUCCCUCCAUCUGAUGGCUUCAAAGAUUUUGUCAACCGAAAAGGGUGGCCUUCCUAUGUCCUCCAGGCUGUCGUGGAUGACAAAUGCUGUUUCAGAAGCAUCAGCUGUAAGAUGCCGGGAAGCGCACAUGAAGCAAAUGUGCUCCGCCAGUCUGACCUCUUCAAAAGGGCUCACCUGCUGCCAAAAAACAUUGAGGGAGAAGAUGUCAGGCUCUUGCUUGUUGGGGAUCCUGCAUACCCGCUGCUCGACUGGAUGAUAAAAGGCUACAUAAACUUGACCCGGGAGCAGGAAUCCUUUAAUGUGUACUUGAGCUCAGUACGGGUGGGUGUGGAAAUGAGCUUUGGUAUCCUGAAGUCGAGGUGGAGAGUGCUACUCAAAAGGAGUGACUUUCACUUUACAUUCGCACCAGUCAUGAGCUCUACCUGCUGUGCAUUGCACAACUUUUGUCGGCUAGAGCGGGAUUUCCCCAACAGCAACUGGUUGGAGGAAAUCAAUGACCCAACUGCAAACUACCCCCAGUCUACCCAGCCAGUGAACUGUCAGUACAAUGCUAGUGGCAACAGUGUAAGGGCAGCACUAACCACAUAUAUGGCCAACCACUUCCCCCUUCGAACAGGGCACCUUCAUUAA